GGGUGCGGGGCCGCGGUGUGCGGUGCUGCGCUGUGCGGGGCGCCCGGCUCGAGCUCGGGGUCAUGGAGGGGCCCGGGGGGGAGGAGCCGGCGGCGGACGACUUAGAGCUGCUUGUGAGGAGUCAGCGCAGGGAGAAGCGGGAGCUGCAGGCCAAAAUUCAAGGUAUGAAAAAUGCUGUACCUAAGAAUGACAAAAAGAGAAGAAAACAGUUGAUUGAUGAUGUUGCCAGACUGGAGGCAGAAAUGGAACAGAAGCACAAGGAAGAACUGAAGCAGCUAAAGGAAACUUUACCCGAGCAGAAUAAGGUAGAUUCUGUGGCUGAUAGUAUUGCAAGUUUUCAGCUUGAGGAAAGAGAGCAACAGAUGCAGCAACCUCGAAUAUCAAAAGCACAGAAAAGGCGGGAGAAGAAAGCUGCAUUGGAGAAGGAAAGAGAAGAAAGGAUAGCUGAAGCUGAGAUAGAAAAUUUAACAGGAGCCAGACAUCUUGAAAGUCAAAAGCUUGCUCAGAUAUUGACAGCAAGGCAGUUGGAGAUUAAACAGAUUCCAUCAGAUGGCCACUGCAUGUACCGAGCUAUUGAAGACCAGCUCAAGAAUCACCAAAACUCCUGGACUGUUGCAACCCUGAGAAGUCAAACUGCAGAGUAUAUGCAAAGUCAUGUUGAUGAUUUCCUGCCGUUUCUAACAAAUCCCAACACAGGAGACAUGUAUAGCCGAGGGGAGUUUGAAAAGUACUGUGAUGAUAUAGUCAACACAGCUGCCUGGGGUGGUCAGCUGGAACUAAGGGCUCUAUCACACAUUUUGCAAAAAACAAUUGAAGUAGUGCAAAUGGAUUCUCCUCCCAUUAUUGUUGGUGAAGAAUAUUCAAGCAAACCAUUAAUACUAGUGUAUAUGAGACACGCAUAUGGAUUAGGAGAGCAUUAUAAUUCCGUAAAACUGCUAACAGACACUGCUACAGAAAAUGGUAGCUAGUAUACAAGUCAUACGUCCACAUGGAUAAUGGAUGCCGCUUGACACUUUGGGCUCUUCAUCUGUGGAUGGUUCCCAAGAAAACUGGAAAACAAAAGUAACAAGAAGGAACUUUUAAGAAAGACACAAGAUUUGGCUACAUAUCAGAAGUAGCAGUUUAAAACAGUACCUAGACUGCUGAUUUAGAUCAUGUUUUAGAAAAUAUUCUCUAAAAUGCUGGCUGUGUAAGCCAUUGUAACUUGCAUAGUUUGAGUAUUUUGGUUUACGUAACACACUCUGCCACAGUGAAAAGAUCAAUAGUAUAUGUUUCAGGUAGCCUGUGUUGGGUUUUCUUCUGUGC